GUUCGGAGACAGGCUUGUCAUUGCCAAUGCAACAGGCUGCUCUUCCAUCUGGGGCGGCUCCAACCCGUCCUUCCCGUACACCGUCAACACCAAGGGUGAGGGCCCAGCCUGGGCCAACUCUCUGUUCGAGGACAACGCCGAGUUCGGCUUCGGCAUGCGCAAGGCCUUCAAGCAGCGCCGAGACUACUUGGCUUUGCAGGUCGAGGCUGCCCUGACCGACGAGUCCGUGUCCAUGUCCGACGAGCUGCGGCAGGCCCUGAAGCAGUACCUGGUCAUGCGCCAGGAGCAGAUGCACGAUCUCCUGCUCCCGCGCGGGCGAAGCAUCUACCACCAGAUCAUGGAGAAGCUGGAGCCACUUCUGGAGAAGGAGAAGGACGCGCACCCAAAGAUUAAAGCCCUCCAUGACCUGGAGGACAUGUUCGGGCGCAGCAGCUUCUGGAUCGUGGGAGGUGAUGGCUGGGCUUACGACAUCGGCUACGGUGGUUUGGACCACGUCAUUGCCAGUGAGGAGCACGUUAACAUCUUGGUCCUUGACACUGAGAUGUACAGCAACACAGGCGGGCAAGCUUCGAAGGCCACGCCCAAAGGGGCCAUGGCCAAGUUCGCCGAGAGCGGCAAGCUCACCCAGAAGAAGGAUAUGGGGCAGUUGGCCAUGACAUACAAGAACGUCUACGUUGCGAGCAUCUGCGUUCACGUGAACCCUCAGCAGGCAGUGAGGGCCAUGAUCGAGGCGGAUGCCUAUGCAGGACCCAGCAUCAUCUUGGCGUAUUCGCCUUGCAUCAGCCAGGGUUUCCCCAUGGCAGAGUCCAUCCAGCACUGUCAGAUGGCCGUGGACUCUGGAUAUUGGCCCCUCUACCGCUACCACCCGGAGCUGGCGAAAAAUGGCAACAACCCCUUCCAGCUGGACAGCCGCAAGAUCAAGGGUGACCUCUUCAAGUUCCUGGCUAAGGAGAACCGCUUCGCAGCAGUGAUGCGCCGCGAUCCGAAGCACGCCCAGGAGCUGGACGACAGGCUGCAGGAGAACGUGGUGCAGAAGAACCAUCUUCUGCAGGUCCUGAACAAGGAAGAUUUGGAGGGUCAGUUCAGCAAACUGGUGGAGGGUCUCUCGGAUGCCAAGAGCUCCGGCGACUCCAUCACGGUGCUUUACGGCAGCGAGACUGGCAACUCCGAGGAGCAGGCGAAGAACCUGAAGCAGGACCUGAAUGCCCGCGGCUUGAAGGCCUCAGUGAGCUCUCUGGACGACUUCGAGUUCGAGGAAUUGCCGAAUCAGAAGAUCGUCAUCUUGGUGGUGUCCACCUGCGGUCUUGGUGAAUACCCGGCCAACUGCAAGCAGACCUGGAUGAAGCUGCAGUCUCCCGACCUGCCUAUGACCUGGCUUGCAGGUGUGAAGUUCUGCGUCUUCGGCUUGGGCGACUCGACCUACAGCCAGUUCUGUGUGGCAGCCGUGGGCUUCGACACACGCCUUGCCGAGCUGGGUGCCCAGCGCAUGCUGCAGCGCGGCGUCGGCGACGACCGCGACGAAGACCGCUACUACACCGGCUGGGAGGCGUGGCUCCCUGAGCUCUGGAAGGUGUUGGGAGCACCUGCGUUGCCUCUCUCCUCAGAUCCUCCGGCCCCCUGCUACCGAGUGGAUGUGUCUCCAGGAACCGUGGACAAGCCCCCCGUCAAGGAUGACGAUAUCGUGCCGCCAGGCGCCACCAGGCUGGAACUCUUGUGCAACAAGGUGCUGACAGGUGAUGCUAAGUACGAUCGGGACAUCAGACACUACGAGUUCAAGAUCGAAGGCACUUCCGUGAGCUACAAGACGGGUGAGAGCCUGGCCAUCUGGCCCCGAAACCCGGUGCCAGCCGCGGAGGAAUUCUGCAGGAUGAUGGGCUUCGAUGCUGGCCAGCAGCUGCGCGUCCUUCCCUUGGAAGGUGCAAGGAACUGGUGUCCCACAGAGCUCAGCGUGCGGCAGCUCUUCACGCACGUGCUGGACAUCUUCGGCAAGCCGAACCGAAAGUUCUUCGAGACCUUAUCCUUCUUCACCAAGGAUGAGGCAGAGAAGAAGCAGCUGCAGAGUAUCGUGGAGAACAACGCAGAGGGCUCCGCUCUCUACAGGGACUUAGUCCAUGAUUUUGCCCACCAUGCAGAUGUUUUUAAGAAGUUCUCCAGUGCCCGGCCGCCCAUUGAGCAGCUGCUGCAGAUGAUCCCGGUGCUCAAGCCCAGGAGCUAUUCCAUCGCCAGCUCGCCGCUCAUGCAUCCGGACAGGAUCCAGCUCUGUGUGGUCCUGGUGGACUGGACCGUAAACAGCACCAAGGAACUCCGCCUAGGCGAGUGCACAGGCUACAUGCAGACGCAGAAGCCCGGUGCACAGAUCAUGUGCGCUGUCCGCCAGAGCGCCAUCGUGCUGCCAGAGGAGUGGCAAGACCCGACCAAGCCAGUCCUUAUGGCGGGCAUGGGAACUGGUCUGGCCCCGUGGCGUGCUGUGACGCAGGAGCGGGUGAUGCAGAGCCGACAAGGCAACAAAGUGGGCAAGUGCCUGCUCUUCUUUGGUGCUCGAUACGCAGUUGAGUAUCUCUACCGGGAGGAGUUCGAGAGUUAUGUACAGGAGGGUGUCCUGGCCAUGCACACUGCUUUCUCGCGUGAACAGGCACGGAAGAUCUAUGUGCAGCACCGAAUUGUGGAGGCAGGGCAGGAGGUGGCCGAGCUCAUGCUGAAGCAGGGAGGCCAUUUCUACGUCUGUGGCUCUGCCAGACAAGUGCCCGAGGACAUUUACACUGCCAUGAAGGAGGUUGUGAUGGCCAACGAGAGAUGUACAGAGGAGGAGGCAGAGGCAACCCUGUCCAACCUGAAGAUGGAGGGCCGAGUCAUGACAAGCAUUGCAAUCUUCACAAGGUUGGUGUUGAGUGUUGAGUCAUGUUUGGCAGUCUGGUUGGUGAUGGCGAUGCACUCGAGCGAUCUUGACCUUGGCGAAGAACUGCAGCGGAGCCUCUUGCGGGCGGUGACUGGCUCGGAUGUUUUAAGAGCCUUCGGCUCGGCGUUCCGUCAGGAAACUCCUGUGAACGAAGACGCGAGCUUUGCCGUUUCAGAAGUUGACAUCUUCGUGAGCCAUUCCUGGUCUUCCGAUUCCUGGGCCAAGUAUUUUGCGCUGUGCCGCGAGUUGAACCUGCGCAAGGCUUUGGAAUCCUUGUGCGUGCUCUUGGUCCUCGCCUUUCCCCUUUUCCCUCUACGUGGCAUCGACCCAGAAACUGGCUUUGAUGCGGAGACCACCCUCUUCGUCGCACUCUGUUGGCUUUCGGCUGUGGUUGUGUACAUUGCCGUGCUUUUUUUCGGCCAUCAUCUGCACAUUGGACUUUCCGGGUCCCGCAAUCCGACAUUGUGGGUGGACAGGCUAUGCAUUGAUCAAAGCGAUGCAGGUCAAAAAGCUGCCGGCAUCAGGGCCCUUCCUUUCUUCGUGACCCAAUCCUCGGAGUUUUUAAUGUUAUAUGACGGGAGCUACCUAGACAGGCUGUGGUGUGUAGUAGAAUUGGCAACGUUCGUGAAAAGUUCGAGUUGCGAGCAUGUCUGCUUCGUUCCAUUGUGGCUGCCUCGCUGGCUGGUUACCACUAUGUGCCUGGACAUCUUGCAAGGUUGCAUUUGCAUCACUGCUCUUCUCGCAUCCUGUGCAUCAUCGCCACAGAAACUCUCGCCACUUGCAUCAGAUCGUGCUCUAAACCACUUCUUGAACAACAUCCUGCUGGUGGUCGUCUUGCUCCCGGGCUACAUCGUUGUUCUGGGGCCGUCGAUGUGGGCGCUGGGCAGAAAAGCCCAGGGCCACGAGGAGAUGCUACGACAGUUUGCAGGCUUCGAUAUCCGCAACUGCAGCUGCUCUGACGAAUCCGACCGGCAACCCUUGGAAGCACUGAUUGCGGAGCUCUUUACGGAGGAAGAUGUUUCGAGUGUGUCCAUCGAGGUUGUAGAUUCGAUCUCGGACUCGAGUGAAUCCACGACCUCGCUCUCAGGCGACUGGCAUGGCUCCUACAGGUCCUUAGUCAGAUGCGGAUCGCUCUCAGCCGAUGAGGGCCCAGGCCGUUUACCGCAGCAGCCACGGAAGGAGGGCUCAGUGGGCAACUGUGGCCUGGAAGCCUUCAAUGCAUACGUCCGAGGCCCGUUGCGGCAAGCCUUGAUGGACAAACUCGGCGAUGAGACCUUCCUCAGUUUUCGCACCUGCUUUGCGGCCUUUGUGCCUGGAAGCUCCUUCUUCUUGCUGAACACCCUCGCGGUGGAUGGAGCUCACUCUGCGGCCUUCGACUUCCCACAGGGCUCCCAGAAGUGGAUCCUUUGUCUGGUUGAGGCGGCAAUUAUGAAUCUCCUGGUGACUCCAGUGCUGCUGCCCAACUUGCUGUACCUGAUGCACAAGGUCUACGGAUCUGUCAGACCUGGGUUCCUCCAGUCGCUCCUCACACUUGUCGGUGGCUUUGUGGUGAGUACCCUGGUAAUCUUCCUGGGCGUUGCUGCAUUGGGAGCGCUCGAAGCGGUGGUCCUGACACUCUCUUUAAGGUGGUUGGUGGUGUUUCUCUUUCUCAUGGGCCUGAUUCUGGCAAACUUCUGCUUUCAAUUCGCGCAUGCUGAAAUGAGAUGCAGCUUGCGUCGUUGUAAAUCCCUCUUGGGACUCAAAGGUUGA